AUGGGUCGUCGCGACACCAGCAAUACCGACGACCCCCACCAACAGCGCCCUCUACCAUUAGAUUACCCAACUUUAACGCCGGCCGCUCGCAUUUCGACGCCUCGCGCCAAAACGUCCACGGCGAAACGACGACGCUCGAGUACGGCGUUGCGACGCCGACGUUCGAGCAUCGCUCCUUCGACGGCGCUCGGACGCAACAGUUUGGACGGCCUUAUGGACGCCGAUAAAGAGAAUCGGUUUACGUCGACGCCGAUCAAGACGUCCGCGGAAGGAGUUGGAGCUCUUCGAGACGUCGGGAAUUUGACGCCUAAAGUUAAGGACAAGCAUUGGGAGUCGUUUCUAGAAAAUCACAAAGCCCUUUCAGCCCGAAAAUGCAAAAGUGAAAAAAAAUCUCGCACGCCGCUGAAUACCCCCAGACACCACCACAAAAAGAAAAAAGAUUGCCUCAGUUCCCACAAUGAUUUCCUGGUAAUAGACAGUCAAACAAGCAAUUAUUUCAGGCCAUUCGAAACUGUAGAUUCCCACAUAGAAGGAGUUAAGAACGACUUAUGUGCAUGUAAAAAUAGUAGUUUUAGCAGUGUUAGGAAAAAAGUUCCAGAUACUUAUGCACCAACCUUACCAACUUUUACUUCUGAGUAUUCCCCAUGUGCUAUGAGAACGACGCACUGCUUAGAAACAUUGAUUAGAAACAGUUCUAAAAAAUUACCUACCACUGUUAACAUUUUGGAUGAUUUACCUCCAAGUAAGAAACAAAAAAUUGAUCACGUGACCGAUUUUUUACACCAAAUAUCGUUUUUAACCACGCCGCAAAAUCCUGGUUGUUUACCAGGCCUAACUAUUAAUGAAAAUUACGAUAAGGUUACACCUCUAGUCAAAAAAUUUCUAGAUUUUAAGUUUAAUAAAACGAAAACUGUAAAUAACAAUGAUUCUUCUUUUAUAAACAAUCUUUCUCUAGAUAAAAUUGUGGAUGCCUUAUUAGACACGAGUGAUGACAGUAUUAGAGCGACUGUUAAAAAUGAAUUAAAUAGUAGUAUGGUGGUCAACGUAGAAUCUGAAAAUGAAAAUAAUAUAAAUGAAGAAGAGCAGAGGCUUCAAAUUGAGACUGUUAGCGAACAUUCUUCGGAUUCAGGUUUCAGAUCGUCAACUAAUGAAAACUCGCACAAGUUAGAUAACAAUUUUCUUUGUAAAUGUAAUAACAACAAUAAUAAUAAUGAUGAAAAAACUAUUAUACAAAUCAAUGAAACAUACAACGAACGAUGUGUUGAUGACAGCAGUAUCAGAAAAAGGCCGUCAAAUCAAGAAUUUUCAGAAUUCGAAACUAAAAAAAUACUGUUAGACAACUCACAAGAUAACAAUAAUUUUACUUUAAAAAGGCAAAAAGGUAUAAGAAGAAGGAAACCUUUCAGUACGGAUAAAACAAAUAAUCUAUACGACUCUAGUAAAAUUGAUUAUGUAAAUACUCCCAUACAAAAUUGCUAUUUAGAAAAUAAAGAAAUCCUAGGUGAUACUUAUGUUUUGGGGAAUACUCUUGAUGUAGGAACGCCCAUCGAAGCUUACAGGGGCAUUAGAAAGUGUCUCAUUUUUGAUAAUUCUAGUAAGACGAAUGAUUCGUCAAUUUUUUCUGAAAGUGGAUCUACUAGCAAAUUCAGUAUAACUGAUGUGAGAGGGUCCAUGGAUUUGAAGAUUUUUAUGGAAGGAGAACACCUUUUUGUACAUAUUAUUAGCUGUAAGGACCUCUACAGGCCGAAUGGGGAAAAAUUAAACGCUUACGUUAAGGUUGCUUUAUUUGAUCGUUCGGAAGACAACCGCCGAAAAAGAAACGGUCUUCUACAGAGAACACCAGUACAACGGGACUCUACUAAACCCUAUUUCAAUCACACCUUAAAAUUUCCUUUAGCUGAAGAUGAUUAUCAAAAAAGGUUGCAUCUAGAAUUGUGGCACAGGGAGCGCAGCACAAGAACUAGUGAAUUCCUGGGAUGUAUGUCAUUUGAUGUUAGCGAUGUUAUUGAAGAGAGAAUUAACGGCUCAUAUAGACUUCUACCUCAAUCUACCGGUCGUUCGACGAACGUGCCGAUAACACACGAUCUACUAGCAAUCAGCUUUACCGAGAACAGUCGAAAGGAGGCGAAAAUGUGCGAGAGUCAAUCCAGCGUCGAUGAACUAAUCAGCCUGGACGAUUUGGAGGGAGAUCUAAGAAGAUCGACAUCCAAAACUGUCUUAAACGAACAACAAAAGUACGCCGAUGAAAAUUUAUUUCUAAGAUAUCUGGAACUAGACCCAACUGAUGGUCCGGAUGCCUCUUCGGCAGCAACUCAAAGAAAGGCAACAGGAAACAAAAAUGGCAGGACUCCGUUCACGUGUACAAAAAGGCUGACAAAGCCUCCGAAGUCGGGGUUUGGAUUCUCAGUCGUUUGGACACACCCCCCGAGAAUAGAAAGGGUGGAAAAGGGAUUACCUGCUGACAAAGCGGGAAUCCUUCCGGGGGAUUACAUCAUUUUCGUGGACAAGCAUAAUGUGGUCACGAUGCCGGAGAUUGAUAUUUUGAAUCUCAUAAGGUCUUACGGAAGUCAAUUAACCUUAGAAAUUUUUCGGCGGAAUCCAUCGCGAAAUGGUUCAGUUCCCAGUGUAAAAAGACUGUCAAUGCCAUUAGCGACCUCCACCACGCUGGGCAGUACCUCUAUUCUCCCUGUCACUUCCUGUUCGAACCUAGUACAACAACAACGAAGACCAUCCACCGUUUGUUCGACCAACACUGUAUCGGUGGAGUACAACAGAAGAAAACUUCACUUGCCUCAGGUCACGUUCAGUGCAGAGAAACCUACUAACAAUCCAGAAGAAAAUAAGAAAAAAGCUAUCUAUCAAUUAAUUAGUAAAGAACAACAGUACGCCACUGGUUUACAAUUCGCCAUCACCAGAUUUGUUUCUGCCUUAGCUGAGAGAAAGGAUCUUAUCACCUCAGCCGAACAUAGAAUGUUAUUUCAAAACUGCGAAGAGCUUCUUCGAAUAACCGAAGACAUUUUAGACCACUUAGUACAAGAUGAUGGGGAACCACAAAUGCACCUCUUGGCCAAAACCUAUUUUUCCAAACUCCAAGAGCUAACGAUGGCGUACAAACGAUACUGUUCAGGAAUUAAAAAAGCUGACUGCAUACUUGCAAAUAAGACUAAAAAUUGCAACUCGGAGUUUUCUAGAUUUCUUCAGGUGCCUCAAAUACCUAGGAGAAGGCCUGAUAUAACAACUUUUAUUCACAAACCCUUGGAGCAUUAUAGGGAAAUUUUGAGGUUGCUUUUAACGAUACAGAGUUGUACCAAACCCAAUCAUGAUGACUUUGCUGUGAUAAACCAAGUAGUACAUGACUUACAGUUAACUUAUAGAGAAAUUACUUCCGAAGGCGGACUGAUGGAACCUUUAGGAGAGGGUAGACCUUUAUUAACAGUACAAGAUUUAGAAAAUAGGCUAGUUUUUACAAAAUGCAAACCCUUCGUAUUAAACAAACCCGGAAGACAAUGGAUCUUCGGCGGUGACCUAGCUCGAAUCGAGGGUCGAAACGUUCGCCAAUAUUGGACUUUGUUGUUUAGUGAUAUGUUGUUAUUUGCCAAAGCGUCUAGAGAUCGUGUUUUGUUUGUUAUGGAAGACCCUAUACCCUUGGCUCAUAUAUCUGAUAUGUUUUUUAACGUUAGGAAAAAAGAUACUGAAUUUAGGAUAAACUUAAAUCCAGAUGGUAGAAACGCGACUAGUCCUACAGUUCAUUGUGGUCCUGAUUUGUCAAGGACACCAAAGAAGAACGCUAGCAAAAAAACUGUGAUUUUAAGGGCUCCUACCCCUGAAUUAAAAGCUGUAUGGCAAAAUUUAUUACAAAGGCAAAUCUUUCAGUUGACGUCAGGCAUGGACGGCAGCUCUCUUAGUUCGCCAUUAGAAUCGCCUGAAGUACCGCUCACUACAUCAGUGGUCACAUUGCAGUCGGCAGAGUCGCUAUCGAUACGUCGCCAGGUGCGUCUAGACACUACCAAACCCUACACGCAAACCAAAAUAUUCUUAGACAGAACACAAGAGACCACUGGCGCCAAAACCGAUCCCGAAAAAUCCCAAAUACAACCUCAAAUAUCCUUAGAUAAGACUCCCGAUACUCCUAGCGCUAACAUUUCGUUUCAUUCUUCUUCUGACUUAUCUCAGGCUUUUACUUCUCACUUUACUUCUGAAGCUAGCUUGUUGCCUAAGCAGAGCACACUUCCUGAAUACGCUUCUUCGCCUUCUGCAAUUUUGACACCUAGUACUGAGGUUUAUGAUGAUAAUAGUGAAGAAACGGACGAAUUUAGAUUUGGGGAUGAACCCUGGGACGCUAGUCAGUUCAAUUACGAUAUGAGCAGUUUAAAUAUCGAUGGUUUAUCACAGAAAAGUUAA